GGUUAGUCAUGAGACGAGCCAAACUUCAAACUGCAAAAACUUCUAUUUUUACUUAAAAUCACUUCAGCUGCCUCUCGCGUCUCACACUCUGCUGCGAGCCCUGAGCGUUGCCAUGACCGGACAAUAACAGACGAAAACCUUGGAAAAAAAACAGGAAUACAGAAAAAAGCAAGCCCCCCUCCAGCACCCCCCACCCCAAAAAAAAAACAGUGCCUCUGCCUCACUUCCUACACUUCCUCAAAUACAAAUCCACAGAGCAGAGCAGUGAUUAAAAGAGGAGAAGGAGAGAAGAGAAGAUGGUUAGGAGCAGGGAAAUCAGGCUCGUUUUUAAAUGAAGAGGUUCAUGAUAUGAUAUAUAUUUAGUGGCACUGUUGUGGGAUUCACGGAAACCGUAGUAUGACACUGUACAUUUCUGAAACUGCUUUAAUAAGUAACAGAGAAAUGUCACAAACAACAUCCGGGUGGAAACUCUGUUCCUUUUCUGCUGGCUGCCUGUUCACCAAGAUGUAAAUAAUUGGAUCUUACAUCAGAAAUCAAGGGAUUUUUUUUUCGUGUCUAACUUUUUCUGAGGAGUCGCAUAACUAUGUUCCUGGGUUUGCUUUAGUCUGAAACACCAAAAACAGGGGGAAUGAAGAACAAGACGGGCAAGCAGAACUCCAAGGGGAAGGAAAGUGUGAGUGGAUUUGGUUGUGACUUGACAGAACAUCUAAAAAACUCAGGACAAGAUGUUCCUCAGGUUCUCAAGUGCUGCGCUGAAUUUAUUGAGAAACACGGAAUCGUUGAUGGAAUUUACAGACUCUCAGGGAUCAUGUCAAACAUCCAGAGACUCAGGCAGGAAUUUGGCUCCAAGCUGUGCCCCGAUCUAACAAGGGAGGUGUAUCUUCAGGACAUUCACUGUGUGGGCUCACUUUGCAAGCUGUACUUCAGGGAGCUUCCAAAUCCACUGCUGACACAUGAACUAUACAGGAAGUUUUUGGAUUCCGUGUCAGUAAAGGAGGAACACGAACAGCUACAGUGCAUUCAGAGUCUCAUCAGAGAACUUCCCUUGUCACACUACAGGACCCUGGAGUACCUCAUUAAACACCUCACACAUCUUGCUGCUUUCAGUUCCCAGACAAACAUGCAUGCUAGAAACUUGGCUCUAGUAUGGGCUCCGAAUCUACUACGAUCCAAAGAAAAUGAAAUCCCUACCUGUAAUGGAGACACUGCGUUCAUGGAGGUGCGAGUGCAGCAAGCUGUGCUGGAGUUCAUCUUAAACCACAUGGAUCAGAUCUUCAACAAUAAACCUGGACAGUCUAUACCAAAAGAAGACGGGCAGAGUUCAGCAUGUGAGACUCCAUAUGUUAUGACCAACUUUGCUGCUCCGGGUCAGUACGCCCCUAUGAAACUGAUGAGCCUGGAAGAGGCCCAAGCUCGCACGCUGAACGCAAACCACCCGGCGCGCAGGGAGUGCCAGCAGGAGAGCGACGCCGCCGAAAGUGGUACAGCUGACGCCAAAAUGUACCACACUGUCAUCGACAUGCCCAGCAACAAAAGAAGUUUCUCAGGGAAAUCUAAGAAAUGGAAGAACAUCUUCAACCUGGGCGGAUCCACAAAUGACACGAAGAGGAAGCUGACCUGGAACGGCAGCGUCUUCAUAAAGUCCAGCAAAGUACCAGAAAAAGUGACAAUUCGGCCAGCCAAGAGCAUGGAGUCACUGUGCUCUCUGUCUAAAGACGAUGGCGAAUUCAAGAAGCCGAGCAAAGCCCAUAUCUCAGCAGCAUCUGCCUUCAAGUCACAUACACUUGACUCAAACUGCUCCUAUGACCUCAGCAAGGAAGAUCAAGAGUGGAAUUUAGAGCCGGAGAACAUGCUGGGGGCAAUGGCAGAUACCGCAGGUCCAAAGAAAAAAGGCAAUAAGAGUGAUUCCCUCCCGCGGCAAAGGAAACUACCCGAGCAGCUUAAAGUAUUCAAAGGCGAUGACCACUGCCACCCCACCUCGCCAAAGAACCGGAGGAUGUUAUAUUCUGGCAACACCAACAGUGGCUCUUCUAGAACCUCCUUCCCGGGAAAACUCUUCCCGCUGGAAUCGUCAGCUCAGCACCCAUGCAAAGCCCUCAACAUCUCCGAACCCUUCGCCGUGUCGGUCCCUCUGCGUGUGUCGGCCGUCAUCAGCUCCAACAGCACCCUGUGCAGAGUGCUGGACAAAGACAAACACAGCCAGCCACUCCCCGAGUCCAUCAGCGAAGCUCCAGUGUUUGAAAAGAACAGAGGGCGACGCGCCAGUAGCACAAUCAGAAAGGAAGGCGUUCAGGCAGGAUUCGGCAGAAAAGCAGAAGCUGCUCGCUCCAUGGAGGCUACAAAAGGAGAAAAUACAGAUUUGAAGGAAAGCAGCGGCAAAGGGGUUAUUGUUGAAGCCCAGCUACUGCAGCCAGUCCUGGUGAAGCACGCGCCUAGCAGACCUCCACACCUUCACACCCAGCCUAUCUCCUCAACCACACUUGAACAAAAUGACACCGGACUAUGUCAAGCACAUAUGGCCACUCUGCUGCCAGAAGAACCCGUCGGAUCUGAGAAACGACGGGCGACUUCGCAGAAACAUCACUCUGGACAAAGGGAACUCGCCAAAAUGGAUGAAAAAGCAAGUAGCAAAAGAAUGGAUGAAGACUGGGAAGGUAUUGACCAUGACUUAAGGGAGAUUACGUCUAGUGUUGAUGUUGCACAAGAUAAACCCAAGAUGAAGCUGAUGGCAAAAAGCAAGAGCAGCUGCCUGCUAAAUGACAGAUCAAAUAGCCUCACUCUCAAUGACAACCAUCACACUGCUAACUAUUUCACUUUAAGGGACAUGCCAGUGAGGCAGCUUUCUUUUGACUGGGAUUCUAGACAUUAUACAGAAUUUACGGAAGACUCAAACUUUUCUUCAGUGCAGUCGUUUGAUGCAUAUGACGAAUUCAACAAACCAGACUUACCUCUGACAGAGAAAUCUGAUACAAUCGGUAAUAUGCUUUUUGCUGUCUCUCAGAGCCAGCUUAAGUGUCCGGAAUAUGGAAAAACACAUUCAGAUACAACUCAGAAUCGUAAUGUGAUGACGAGAGAACAAUCAACUGUACCAAAUGAUGAACUAAAAAUAAAAGAAGCUUUCGAUCCCGUUUCAGUAAAGAUGAACAAAAUGGAAACCGUUAGCAAAAAUGAGCACAAAGGUGACAGACAGAAAAUUGGCCCAAAGAGAAGAAGUGUGAGUCUGUCACAAUCCAUAGAUAAGAGUCCGUCAUUCUUAGAGUUACCUGAUAAUGAUGACGAAGAGUCCUUGGGAGACAAUAUGGGGGAUCUGGAGUCGGUCGAACCCUGGGAAGACAAUAGUGGCACAAAACACUGGGUGACCAGUCCACUCCACUCUCCUAAAACGCUUAAUUUUUUUCAGAGUCAGGAAGAAUUGCUGUCAUGUUUAAUGGGAGAAAGUUACAAAUCAAACAAGUAUGCCACAGAGGGUAAGAAGAAUGAACCUGGGGGUAGUGACAGCGCUGAAAUAUCUCCCGGGAAGAGUUUACAAAUUCAUCAUCACAAAAACACCCAUGCUGAAAAUAUACAGUCACCAACUUGGGAAAAUAUUCCAGCCAAUGAAGUGAAGCCAAAAUUUAUAGGAAAGGAUGAGAAGCUUUCAAAGCUGAAAAAUAACUGCUCUUUUCAAAGGCCAAAAAGACAAAGAUCCCAAGAUAGUUCUUAUACGGAAAAUACAAAGGAAAAUUCUGUUACAAAGCAGAGGCCACGUUCCCUCAAUUUGAAUCUGGAAACUCUAUACAUCAAGGAUGCUUCAGAGCAGGAAAACUUUGGUUUCCUGCCAGGUAUUUCGCUCAACCAAAAAUCACUGCCCAAGUAUGGCUGCUCUUCGACGGAACUAAAGAAGUUCCUUUGCAAUCGUCAAGCUUCUAUGCGCAGGAACUCAGCUCCAGUCAGUGUCUCGUCAGUCAGGGCAUCGUUCAUGAUCAAAACCUGCCAGGCCAAUGCAGUGCCUGUGAAACUGCCAAAGAUUCAGUACAGUCAGAUACCUCAGCCGCUGCCGGUGAAUAAUGCCGACAGCUGCCCAAAUAAGGAGCCGGAAGAUGACCUAACAGGAAGCAGAAAAAUGAAUAAAGAAAUUACUUCACCUCUACUCUGCAUCAGAAAUUCGGAUGUUAAUGUAGAGAGCAGUCAACCAGCAUUAGCAAACCCCGGGAAAGUUAGUAAUGGUUACCCUAUAGUGUGCCCACAAAAACCAUCGGUGUUCAGAAACAACUCCAACGGAGAGGUAUUCGGUGAUUUUGCAAGACUUGAGCGACCUACAGUAAUGAAGAGGCCGUCCUUCAGGGCUCGGCCAAACAGACCCCAAAGCCUCAUUCUGUUUACUCCUCCCUUUCCCAGUAUGGACUGCCCACCAUCUGUAGAUGAUGACAAAACUCUCCUCUCACCCAUCACAAGCCCCGCUGAGAUGACGACGUCUGACGUGUUUUCCAAGGAACUUGCAGAGUUUGAAGAUGUGUCUCUGCGUAGGAAAAUGACAAUGCCAAAGAGUGGCCAGAGAUUAGAAACUUCGACGAGUUGCUUCUACCAACCACAAAGGAGAUCAAUGAUAUUCGACAGCAGAGGCAAUAGGCAGAAUGAAUAAAUUUUGUCUGUUUUAAUUUGUUGGCCUUUUCAAGUAACAUGCAGUUAUCUGCAAGGGCAUUGCUUAUAUGAAAUGCACUGUUUACCUGUACCGUUAAUAACAUGCAUAAAACAAUACAAACCAUACAAGAUAUAUUUAUAUAGCGUAUAGAUAUCUGCUGUUCAAUUCUAAGUGCCUUAUAAUGAAAAUAUUCUCUUUGUUGCACAUUCAGUAUAUAUUGCUGAGUAACAUUAUUCUUGCCAUUAUUUUUAAUAUUCAUGUAUAUAAUAUAUUUGCAUUGUGUAUAUACAUACACAUAUACACUUAAAAUUCUUCUUUUUCUCUAACACACCAAAGCAAUUGAUCAACAGAUGUAUCUUAAGUGUUUCUAUAAAAGUAUUGCUGAUCGCAGUGUUUGUUUGGUUGGUGCAGUGGCUUUUGAUGCCAGUGUUAUUACUCACUGCACUAGUGCUGUACUUCUUGCCUUUACAAACAUUUCAACCGCAUGAUAUGCAUACGGUAAAGACAAGUUCAGUUUUUAAUACUUCAAAGUGCAUUCUACACAUACAUUUCAGUGUAUAAAAUUAUUGUUGAUGUCAAUAAUAAGCUUUGGUGUGCAGUCUACCAAAAAGGAAAGUAAAAAGGAGAGAAUUAAUGUUGCUACCAAUUAGCUGCUGUAGUAUUAAAAACGUGACCAUUCAUGGUCCAAAACUGAAUCAACAGAAUCUUUCAGAUCAGUAUUUUUUUGCUUACUUUGUAGAUCAAUUAGUAUAUCUAUCAAAGUCAUGGAUCAGUAUUGACUAGUGUAAUUAUGAAGGAAACAAAAGGGCUGAAUGUGUUUUGGUGCUACAAUGUUACACAUAUGAUCACUCUGCUUUCUUGCAGCCAUUACUAAUAAUCACAGUACUUAUUUGUAUUGCAUUUUUUUGUAUCUCAGCACCCUCCUCCUGUUAUUCAGAACUCGAAUUCAAUUCUAAUGUAGUGCUUCUGCUUCGGAUGCAGCAUUGAAUAAUUCUCUUCAUAAUUUUCCUGUUUUAUUCUCCAUGUCGCAUAGAUGAGUUCUGUGUUUAAAGGAUUGUUUGGUUAUGUUAAUGGCUAUAGAAUGUGAAGUUAAAAUGCAUGAGGGUCAAAAGUGAGUGAACAAGGAAAGGUUAGGGCAACACAGGGCUUAUUUACAAUGUCAUGGAAAUCACCAAAAAAAAACUGAAGCUCUCUGUGCUAAUCUGAGGUUUUAAGGAAACAUUUCUGAGCGCAGACGGUAUCGCUUAGCUCACCCGCAGAUAAAAAGCAGAAAUUAUAUUUAUGAUCUAUACAAUCUUUAAUAUUAAUGAACUAAAAUUAAAAAAAAAUCUUUGUCUUAAAGGCAUUUAGGUCAUUUUAGGUCAAUUGAAGAAAAUUGUAUACAAUAGCCCAUCAUUUUUUGAAAGUAUUAUAGCGCAGAGCUUAAAAAUAGCUAAUAUGAUAGAAAUUGGGUCGAUAAACCAAAACUAUACACUAUAAAUCAAAAACUAAAAUUAUAAUGGGAAUAAUUGAAAUAAAAAAAUCUAAAUCCUUGUCUAACAGUAAAACUGACAUUGUAGAAUUAUAACGCAGAAUAAGUGGGUACAUUUUGAAAACUUUUGAAAAAUGGAAGCAUUUAUAAGUCUUAUGUUAGUAAGACAUCACCAAAAUGCUCUUGACAUUAUUGCUAUAGUUGUCUGACUUAUGAAGACAUUGUUGUGAGUUCAGCAUUAAGCAAAGAGAAUGGCUGCUGCAUUUAAGCUGCCUGUUACACUGCACAGUGCAACCUGUAUGUAAAAAAAAAAACAGAAUGUAAGUGAAAAAACUGCUGAAUGCAGAACAAGUCUGGCUGAAAAAGCAUGAGUGCUGCCAAAACAGCACAUUACAUCAGCAACUGCAGGUCUGUCCUCAAACUAAAUCCAGUUGGCUGUUCAUAACUGUGCCUCAGAUUUUUCAUGAUUCUGCAAACUAACAUUAACUGCAAAUUGACAUUAACGUUUUACCAUAAAGAUGGUCCAGCUUUAGGGGGCAUGAUACAGUACAUGUUUGCAUUAUACAAUUUAUUUAUGCAUAUUGUUUUUUUUUAUAUAUAAUAUAUGUUGACAUUUCCUAAGAAGGAUGGUGAUGUUAUGUCAGGUUAUUUUACUGGGACUGGAAAUAAGUCAGUUUUUGUUUACUUAAUUAUGUUAAGUACGCGCAACUGGAAAUUAAGAAUGAAGUCUUUGAACUAUAAUGUAUUCAGCAAAUACUCAACAUCCGCAUUUCUGUGUAAAGCAAUUAUAUCGUUUAUAAUGUAAAAUCUUAAAAAUGCUUUAACAUUACGCAUAAUGCAGUUAGCUGUAGGUUUAAAGGUUUAAGCUCCACCUCAGAUCCACAGGCAUAACUACCGUCUUGUUGGUCUGGAACUUCUUUUGGUGCUCUAUCUUACCCUGAUAACCUUCCAAAGUGGCAUUUAACUGGCCACAUAUUACAGACAACUAAAGCCUAUGUUAAUAUACGUAUUAUAGUAUGUCAGAAGGAACUGCAUCCUUGCAGAAUCCAAAAAAGUCUUAAAAUCUCAGCAACUGCAGCAUGUGGCAAAGGCAUCCUAAAGGUUUCAUGUAUCCUCCAUGUUUUCCAUGAUCAUAAUCCCGCACAUCUUAAGCUCAGUAUUAGUACUCGAGCAGUGCACUGAAGGAUGAAACAAAAAACUGAUACUCCGCUAUUAGCUUGUUUGUUUCGUACAGCACUGGAAACGUGUUUAUGAACAAGCCAGGAUGUAACAUUUCCUUUCUGCUUAUUUUUCUUUUCAUUUACCUUUUCAUUCCUGUGUAUUGGGUUUCUAUCCCAUUUUAAUUAGCCCUAUACAAUUUCUCAAUUUCUGUAUAUAAGUUCAGCUAAUGAGUAAAUUGUAUAUUGUUUAACCUACGCGGUUCUAUGGGGACGUCAGUCUUGCUACUGUUCAGAGUUCGUGUCUUUGUUAUGUAAUAAAAAUUGAACUGUAA